CUUCUCCCCAUCAAUUCCCAAACAAACCCCUUCAACUUCAUAUUCCCAAGAUUCCCACGCAAAACAUCCGUUUCCGCUAGUAGAAUUUGAAAACCCUGAAUCCGAAAUGGCCGAAGAUGGAGAAGAGAAAGAGGAGGAUGUUCAGCAAGAAGAACAGGAAGAUGAAGACAUCGAAGAGGCUUCGUCAGAAACCGAUGAUUCCUUCAUCGAAGACGAUAAUGAAUUAGCCGCAGAAGAAGCAGAAUUGCUUCCCGAGGAGCCUUUGACAGAAGAAGAAAUUGAAGAGCUCAUUGCUGAACUUCUUGAAGUUGAAAGUAAGGCUGCAGAGGCACAAGAGGCUCUAGAACAAGAGUCACUGGCAAAAGUGGAGGCCGAUGUUAGGGCAGAGCUGGCUCAAGAACUCACUGUUGAUGAUUUGGAAGUUGCGGUUGCUGAAGAGAUGAAGAUAUAUAAGCUGGAGUGGGAAAAUGCGCUCGAUGAACUUGAGACAGAAAGUGCUCAACUUUUGGAGCAACUGGAUGGUGCUGGAAUUGAACUUCCAAGUCUAUAUAAGUGGAUUGAAAGUCAAGCUCCCAAUAGUUGCUGCACUGAAGCAUGGAGAAGGAGAACUCAGUGGGUUGGAUCUCACGCAACAAGCGAUUCUAGUGAAGCUGUCACCGAUGCUGAGAAAUAUCUUGAUAUUCAUAGACCU